AUGACUCAAAUCACUAAGGAAAUCCUUGAAGAAAUUUUGGAGAAAAAGCUUGAUGAAAAGCUCAGUCCAAUAGUCCAAACAGUCAACGAUCUUAAGGACAGCAUGCAAUUUCUGAGCGAUAAAUAUGACUCAGUUAAUAACCGGGUUGAUGAAUUAGAAUCGAAAUACAAUUUGGUACAGCAAGAAAAUAAAUUUCUAAAGGCAGAAAUUUUGAAGCUUUCUAAGGUUGGUGACGAUCUCGCUAAAAAUGUUGAUGCUAUGAAUCAAUAUGGCCGACGCGACUGUAGUGAAAUCUCGGGCCUUCCAGUUGAACCUCACGAAGAUACUAAUCAACUUGUUAUCAGAGUCGCCAAUCUUAUGGGGGUACAUAUAGAUGAGAGUGAUAUAUCUGUCUCACAUCGGCUGCCGAUAUCUAAUAAUUUAGACUCAAAUCGAGCAAGAAGCCCUGCAUUGAAUAUACCAAAAGUAAUUGUGAAAUUCGUACGACGCGAGAAGAAAGAGCAAUUCUAUAAAGGCCGUAAGAACUUGAAGAAUAAAACUACGAAAGACCUUAAACUGGCAAGACUAUCUGAAAAUAAUAUUUAUGUAUCCGAAAGCCUUAGUCCAAGAAACAAUGAGCUAUUCAAAGCUUGCUUGCAGUUUAGACGCGAUAAUGCCUUUAAGUUCAUCUGGACUCAGCAAGGACGAAUCUAUUUGCGUAAAAACAAUGAUACACCAGCAAGGCUAAUUGCUACGCGACAUGAUUUGGAAAAUCUAAUUCCAUCAAGAUAA